AUGGACCCAGUUCAGAAAGCUGUUAUGCAUCACACGUUUGGAGUUCCUCCCUUGACGAAGAGAAGACACGUCUCGUGCAGCGUGUGCCAACUGAGAUUCAACUCACAGAGCCAAGCCUUGGCCCACUACAAAGGAACAAAACACGCCAAGAAGCUGAAAUCUCUGGAUGCUCCCAAAUGUAAGCUCAACGGUUCAGUGGUCACCAAGGAAACCACCAACCAGGAAACCCCUAAGAGCAUCAACCCUCCAGCAAUGUCCUACGGCACUGACAGGAAAGAUGGCUUUCCGGGUGCAUCACCACUACCGCUAUCUCCUGUGCUCACACUGGCUCCAACCCUGGGAUCCCUGGCAUCAACCCUGGCACCCAUGACAUCAAUGUUACCACCCCUGGCACCUACGCUGGCAUCAAGUCCCAACUCAUCCACAGGGACAGAGACUACCUCAGCCACAGGAGGGGACGACAGGGCCUCGCCCAAACCCAGCUCACCUUUAGAACCAGACAUGGAGGUGGAGCAAGAGGCUGAGACAGACCCAGAGACAGAGGAAGAGAAAGCCAGGCGUCUGCUCUACUGCUCGCUCUGCAAGAUGGCCGUCAACUCAGCAUCUCAACUGGAGGCUCAUAACAGCGGUACGAAGCACAAGACCAUGCUAGAGGCCAGGAGUGGUGUUGGCUCCAUCAAGUCCUUCCCCCGGCCAGGGGUCAAGAGUAAGCUAGCUCCGCCCACCAAGGCAGCCACGGGCCUACAGAACAAAACGUUUCACUGUGAGAUCUGCGAUGUGCACGUCAACUCCGAGACACAGCUUAAACAGCACAUCAGCAGCAGACGUCACAAAGACAGAGCGGCAGGCAAACCGGCCAAACCCAAAUACAGUCCCUACAGUAAACCCCCGAAAGGCCAGGCCACACAACCAGUGAAGCUGACAGUGGGGAAGGAGUUGUGCCAGCCUCAGAUAAUGCCUGCUCACCUGGCAGCAUUGGCAUCAGCAGCAGCAGCCAUGGGCUCGGCCUUCCCCGGCUUCCGUUCCACCCACGCUAACUCCCCUGGUUCCACCUUUUUUCAGACACAGACCCUCCCUGCUGCCCUGCUCCGCCCCGCCCCCGGGCCUGUCAGGACCUCCCAUACACAGUUACUGUUUGCCCCCUACUGACUCACAACCCCACCCUAUAGACUCUAUGGACUUCCCAUGACGGACGUGCCACGGAAGUAGUUAUGAACCAGGGUCCUCUUCCCUCUGCUUAUCCCUCUAUACAUUUGGACCACAGGCCACCUUCACCAGAAUAUGUGGAUAAUAGGCACAGGUAUUGUUUAACCCAUACUGACAGAUAAACCCUACUGGGCUGGGAAGACCUCCCAUUAUGGAUUUCCCAAGGAAUCCAUCAAUGGCCCAGGGCCAGAAUUUGAUCAGUGUUCCCCUUCCCUCUGCUGUUUCCCCUACAUUCAGAGAAGAAACACACCGGAACGACUAACGGCUAAAAGCAACAGAUGGUCGCUGUGUGUUAGCGAUCACCUGCUGGGUGUGAACGAUCCAACGUGUAGAAUCAUGGGGAAAUUUUAACGGAAAAUAACAGGCUUUUAACCGUCGCGUCCUGGUGUGUUUCUUCUCUCAAGACUGCGAUCUUCACCAAAACAUGUGGACUACAGACAACCUGAAGCAUUACAUCUGGACUACUGCCCACUCCAUUCCGUUUGGAUUGCUACUGCUCCACAGUAUUAACCCUGCAUCGCUUGUUCCACUGGACUACAGGCCAGUCUCAUCAUUACUGUAGGACCACCCUGUCCAAUCUACUCUCCCGUCUUCACUGAGUCAUUGACUCAUCACAAUUCCUUCCUAUAGUAGUUAGUACUUAGUAGUACCCACACAGCCACCCCUUCUAGUAAUACGGGGCUAUUUAGCCUCACACAUUCCUGUACCAUUCUCUUGCCCACUAAUCAUACCCAAGAAUAGGACUUGGAGUUAUAUUGUACUGCAAUAAUGUAUAAGACAAACCAGUGAACUAUGCAGUGUCAUUUCUGUCUAAUGCAAGGCACAGUUUGAGCUAUAAAUGUGCUAAAGGGAUAUCAUAUUUGUAAAGAUAGUGUCACACUAAGAUCAUUGCUUCAGUGGAGGUAGCUAUCACUCAUGUUUGUAAAGAAGACUGAUAAGGAUCUCCUCUUUUGCUGUAUGCACUUUAAGUCCCCCCUCUGUUGAUGUCUACAGUACAUUAGAUGGCUAGAGUAUGUGUCCUAGUUUCUCUUGCAUUAUGUGUAUGUGUCUGUUAGUGUGUAAGUGUUUGUUCCUUUGUGUGUGUGCGUAUGUGUGUGGGUGUAUAUGGGUGUUUGUGUGUGACCUUGCCCUCCACCUAAAGCCAUCCCAGCUGACACCCAAUAAGCAUUCUGAAUGACCACGUCAUGGGCUAAAGGGACCACUAAGGCUUGUGUAAAAUAUAUGUUAAUGUGUAAAAGAUGAACAAUUUCAAAUAAAAUAGUCUUACUUUGUUAA